AUGGAAGGCGAUGUAAACUGUGUGGUGUGGGAUGCUUCUUUAGUGCUGGCAAAAUAUCUUGAAACUAUAAGUCAGCAAAAACCAGAAUUUUUGAGCGGCACCAAAGUUUUAGAAUUAGGUUCUGGGCUAGGUGUUGUUGGUCUUACAGCUGCAACAUUAGGUGCUCAAGUGACCCUUACAGAUUUACCUGAAGCUUUACCAUUACUUAGAUUAAACAUCAGUGAGAAUAAACAAAAAAUUUGCAGUAUGGGCGGCUACGCUAUUGCAGAGGUGCUAGUAUGGGGUGACAACAAUUCAGAAAUACAUAAACAAGAGUUUGAUAUGGUUGUUCUAGCUGAUUGUGUUUACUAUGAAGAUGCUGUAGAACCCUUACUUCAGACAUUACAAAAUUUAAAUAACAAAGUUAUGAAGAAACCAACAAUAUACUUAACCCAAGAACUAAGAGACACCGAAGUUCAGAGAAAACUGUGGAGUGAAUUUUAUGAAAAGCUAACCGAGAUGUUCUAUGUUGAAAAAAUUCCAGAAGACGAACAGCAUAUCAAUUACAGAAGCCCCGAUAUAGUAUUAUUGAAAAUAAAUAAAAAAUAA